GCACUGACUGGAAAUAAUAUAUAACACUUAUUAUCCUCUUCUCUAAAUCUCUGCUCCGCAAUCCACCCGCAAUCCACUUGCCGCUCUGAUGUCCAAGACUUUACUGAUACGCCGUACUUCCAACCUCUUCUAUCUGAAACCGAGCACGGCAAGAGCAUCAAUGAACCUGGGUAUUAAGCGCGUAAUUUUCAGCUCAGGCCAGGUCUAUGCCCCCCUUUCUAAACACUGUGAAGCCCAAAGUCUAAAAGACGCGGCCAUCACGCGAAUCGAAGAACUCCACCCUUCCCGUGGGCGCAAGUACGACAGAACUUGGAAUGCUUACCCCUACGUUACAGAUAUCGUCUGGUGUCAGGAGGAGACUUUGUGAAUGGAGGCUCUUAGGGCCACGUGGUGCCGCGCAUGGAUCUCAUUCUGCAAAAGACAGAGUCUCAUAGGGAUAAGAGGGUUAGAUUUGCCGGGCGAGAGCCGGCAUCAGGUGUGGCUGUGGGAUAUAAGGUAUUGCAUGCCCUGCAGGAGCAGAGUCUGUUGAAUGAUGUUUUCCAGAUGGAGUAAUAAGUUGGCUAUCUGCCUUCCGGCCAUGACCUAAAUAGAGUAAAAACUCUCAGGGCAGCAGCUCAC